GCUGGCUGCUGUGCACACAACUUGGCGGUAUCAUUAGAUCGUCUGCGGCAUGGGUAUUGCUCGAGAUCGCAUUCAUAAAAGGGCUAAAACUGGAGCUCGUAGAGAGCGAAAUCGCAAAAAGAGAAAGUUCGAGUUAGGACGUCCAGCAGCAAUGACAAAGCUUGGAGCCAAACGUGUCCAUACAGUUCGUGUCCGAGGUGGAAAUAUAAAGCUCCGUGCAAUGCGUUUGGAUCAAGGGAAUUUCAGCUGGCCCUCUCAAGCUAUCUCACGGAAAACUAAAAUAAUUGAUGUUGUCUAUAAUGCUUCUAGUAAUGAACUUGUCCGAACAAAAACUCUUGUCAAGAGAGCAAUAGUUCAGAUCGACGGAGCCCCAUUCAGACAAUGGUUUGAAGCUCACUAUUUAAAAGAACUUGGUCGCCGUAAAGUCGUUAGUAAAAAAGGACACACAGUUACACAGGAAAACCCGGAGGAAGAUAUUUUGUUGAAGAAACGAAGCAAGUCAGCCUUGAAAAAGUAUGAAACUCGUCAGGCUUUGCCUCAAGCAAACGUAGAAGAACCUUUAAAAGAAGCAUUUGUUACGGGUCGUCUGUUAGCUUGUAUUUCCUCUAGACCUGGUCAAAUCGGUCGAGCAGAUGGUUAUAUUCUCGAAGGCAAAGAGUUGGAGUUUUAUUCAAAGAAACUAAAAGUUAAAAAAGCAAAAUAAUUUUCUUUGGAAAUAAACUUUUGUAGGAUAUGAGCGUUUUUAAACGAAACCCAGGGUUUUUCAGUAUCCAUAUGGUGGUUUCAAUAUAUAUUGAAACCUUCUGUUCACGACUAACAUCAUAUACUACUUAUGUCAAUAUAAGUAGCACACCACAAUGCAAUUAUAUAUAUAUUUAGUUCUCUGUCAAUUAUGCAGUUGCAAAAGAAAUAGAUAUCGGGUUCAUGAAAAGCUCGAUAAAGAUAUGGCCUUCUAAUAAAGAUGACUGGAUAUAGAAUAUCAGUGCAGUGAUAUAAUUUAUGCAAUCCAUAUUAAUCCCAUUGAUUAUCAACAUAAUUUUAUAGUGUGUCGACACUUUGAUGUGAGCGAAUAAACUCUUGUCUGGUUAUUCUUGCAAGCCAAUAUUUUUUUCAACUAAACGAUUUAUUACAUUGCAAAACAAACUGACUACUGGAAUUUUUUCUACAUCUUUAUCUUAUUGAUUAAUUACAGUGUACUCUAUUAUUUCCUAUUUUUGACAUGCACAAUAAUAUGUUCAUUGUCCUUUACUAAAUGACUGGAAUAAACACGUUGAACAACUUUCUUCCUAAAUUUUUCAUACUAUUCAUGAAAUGAUAGUUUUAACUCACUUCACUGUUUUUUCUAAAAGUAUAUCCUGUUAAUUGAUUAAAACACGUUUUUAAC